AUGCAAAGACCCCUUGGUUCUCCUAUUGAUAAAAAGUCUAUGAUCCAAAGAAACAACAUGUCUUUAAGGAAUUUGGCAGAAAAAUCAAUCUUUGCCAAGCAAUAGCUCAGUAAGUAAUGAAGAUAAAUGAUUGUUUAGAAAAAGAAGUCAAUCUAUUAAUCUUUAAUAAUAAGAUGAACCAUCUAUACAUUAUUCACAUCCAAUAGAAACAAAACGGGUGUCAUAAGCAAGUGUCCCUUUAAUUCAGCAAGAUUCCAAUGAAUGCUUUUAAAAGGUUCUUGGAUCUAAACAAGGAUCAAAAGAUGGGAGUGGAGAAGAGGAUGAUAGGAUUGUUGCAAAUGAACCAAGACCCUCAAAAAUUAGACGAUUGUCUCGUCUUAAAGAUAUUGAACCACCGGAAUCUUAUAAAUUCUCACUGAUCAUAACUUAAUAAAGUAGAUUAAAAUAAACUUGGGAUGCAGUCAUUUUUAUAGUAUUAAUGUAUAAUUAUACGAUUUAUUAGAUAUAUUUGUAUAUUUACUCCAUAUAAAAUGGGUUUCAUUAAUGAUGAAGAAUACCCUGUUUGGGACAGUUUCGAAAAUUAAAUUGACUUUAUAUUUAUGGCAGAUAUCUUAUUCACAUUCUUGUGUUCUUAUUAUGAUGAAGAGAACAAUCUAAUCACAGAUCCUAAAUUAAUUGCCAUCAAUUAUUUAAAAGGUUGGUUUACAGUUGACCUAAUGGUAUAUAUAUGAGAGAUAAAUUUUAGUCUUGCUUUCCAUUCCAAUACAUAUUCCAAGAUUAUGAUAAAUCCAGCAACAUUGCCAGAUUAUCAAAACUACCAAAAAUGUAUAGAGUUAUUAAAAUGGUUAAAAUAUUUCGUAUGAUUCAAUUAAAAGAUGUUCAGUACAUCAAGGUGAUAAACAUUAACAUAGGAAGUGAAAGAUUUCUUUAUGCAUUCAUAUUGUUGAUAUUCAGUUGUCAUGUUACUGGAUGUAUUUGGUUUUUCAUAGCAUCAUUGUCAGAAGAUCCUGAUUGGGAAUACAAUUUCAUUUCAGGAUAUGAUCAAUAUAUAGUCUCCUUAUAUUGGGCAGUUCAAACUAUUUUAACAGUUGGAUAUGGAGAUGUAAAAGUGUAUAAAUGGCCUUCCUAUCUAUUCGCAAUAUUUUGGAUGUUAAUCUCUGUGUACAUUUUUUCAUUUGCUGUUGGUUCUUUAGCUUCUUUUCUAGACAGAUUGGAUCAUGCAAAUUCCAUUUAUGUGAAUCGACUCUCUACGUUGAAAAAUAUUAAAAAAGAAUUUCAUAUUUCCAACGCCAUCUUUUAAAAAGUAAAAAAAGAAUUGAAAUCGGGCAAGAAAAACCUAUUAUUAAAUUAUAAUACUUUAUUGGAAGAUUUGCCUCCUUAAUUAAGAGUUGAAUUAGCAUUUAUUAUGAAUAAAUAAUUACAAGAAGAAAUUUAGUAUUUCAGGGAUAAAGCACCUACUUUUAUUGCUGCAAUAGGACCUGUAUUAACUCCAUUAAAAGUAGGAGCUCAUGAAUACUUAUUUAUGACUGGAGAUAAUGCAGAAGAAAUUUAUUUUGUAAAAAGUGGAAAAUUAGCCUUAGUUAUUCCAGAAAAUGAUAAUUUUAAAUUCUUAAUGAUUAAACCUGGAUCUUAUUUUGGUGAAAUUGAUAUCCUAUUUUAUGGAGAGAAAAGAAAAUACACAAUAAUGACAACAAAGAAAUGUGAAUUUUAUGUACUCUCAAAAAAACACUUUAAACUCAUUUAUUUAAAUUAAUUCAGAGAUGAAGGAGCAAAAAUGAUUAAAGAAGCUCAAAAAAGAAAGCAAAUGAUUAAGUCUGCCUAUGAAGAAGCUAUACAGUUUAUUGAAGCUCAUGGUGAAAAGAAUUUUAAAAGAAAUUAAUAAACUUCUACUUAAACUAUUUAACUUAAGCAUAUGAACUCCGUUUCAAGCUCUAAAAGUCCCUAAGAAAGUAAAUAUUGUUAAAUAUUAGAAGUAUCUGUAUCAAAUCAAAAAUUCUAAUUAGAGAAAAUCAUUUAGGAAGAGAAUGAAGAUGACGAUCAGGAAAGAGAAACUGAAGCAUUGAUGUCAUUAAUGGAUAGAUAAUAGUUUAGAAAAAAGAUUUCUUAGUUAGAAAAGUAAAUCUAGUUAAAAGAUUAAACUAUUUAAGCCAUUUAAUAGGAACUUGAUGAGUUAAUGACUGAAAUCUAAUUAAAAAAUUUAGAUGCGUUACAAGAAAAAAUCAAAGUUCCAAAAACCUUUGAAGAACAUUUGCAACAGAGGCGUUUCUUAAAGGCUAAUUAAAAGCUUAAAGAAAAGUUGAAAAAAAGAAGAAGUAGGAAAGUUUCAUUACGUUUCUCAUUCAAGUAAGCAACUUCCCUAAGUGAGUCAGAAUAAAACUGUAAAUCGCUUUCUCCUUUAAAAUUAGAUGGUGAAUAAGAUUGA